AUGGCGUUCUCUCAUCAAUUUAACAAACAUCAAGGUGCUGGUGGUCGUGGUGGUGGUGGUGGUGGUAGUAGUAAUAAUGCUACCAUUAAUUGGAUUGCUAAUCAGAAUACUCAACGUGAACUUGAAGCAGAUCGAGUUCUACGCGAACGACAAUUAACACAAGGUCGCAUUGAAACUGAAAUGCAACAAUUUGCAGGUAACACAGUCAAUAAACGACAUGUACGUGAGCAAGCACGUGUUGAACGUGAUCGAGCAAUGGAAGAUUCAAUUAUCCGAGUACAAACAGAAAAACAGCAAGCCACUGAAAUGCGUAGUCAAAACGAACGUCUAGCUGCGGAGCUUGAAAGAGUCAAACUUGAAAAAUUUCGCGAUGAAAAAAUGCGACAACAAGUUCGUGAAACCAGCUAUGAAUUGCGUGAUUUAGAAUCAAAAUUACGUGCUGCUUACGUACAAAAGGCACGCACAGCACAAAUGGCUGAAAAAGAAGCACUGAAAUUUGAUUCAUAUUUAGAAGAUGCUGAAAUAGUUCGACGCAUGCGUACUGAAACUGAUAAAGAUGAACAAGAUCGUCGCCAACGUGAAAUCAUUCGACAACAAGAAAUGAUUCGUUAUAAACAAGAACUUGAACGACAACUUGAAGAAAAAGCACUGGGUAAACAGAAAGCUUAUGAAGAAUUUCUACGAGAAAAAUUGGUUGUGGACGAAAUCGUCAGAAAGAUCUAUGAAGAAGAUCAACGGGAAACUGAACGUAAAUUUGAACGUCAACGUGUUACCCGUGAUUUUAUAGUUGAGUUUAAACGUAAACGUGAAGAAUGGAAAGUUAUGGAACGCCAACGCAUGGAAGAAGAAAAUCGUCGCAUAAAAGAAUAUGCUUACACGCAACAACAACGUGAGGACGUGGCAAAAGCUGAAAAACGUGCUCGAGAACAAGCUCUAGAUAAUGUACAACGUACAUUAGCUGAUCAGAUAAAACGUGAUCGUGAAGAACGUGAAGAACAAGAAUUAGUACGACAAGAACUAUAUUUGGAAGAACAAGAACAAGCUGUACGAAGACGUGAGCGUGAUGAGAUGGAAGCACGUAUAAAACAACGCCUUGAAUUACAACGUGAACGUGACGAACAAAUACAAUUUAAACAUUUACGUGACGGAGAAAUUAAACAAGAAGAAGAUAGAUUUCGACAACAAUUGAUGACAAAAUUUGCAGAAGAUGAUCGUAUUGAACAAAUGAAUGCUCAAAAACGUCGUAUAAAACAAAUGGAACAUAAAAAAGCUGUUGAUAAUUUACUUGAACAACGUCGUCAUCAAAUGACAGUUGAUAAACAACGUGAAGUUGCUGAACGCAUUGAAGGUGAACGUGUUGAACAUGUUCGAAAACAAAUUAUUGAAGAAGAACGUAUUAAAUUACUUCGUGAACAUGCGCAUCGUUUAUUGGGAUAUUUACCCAAGGGCGUUAUUCGAGAUGAAAAAGAUCUUGACUAUCUUGGUAAUGAUUUUAAAAGUGAAUUCAAACGACGACAAGUCAAUAUGCAACAUCUCGGUGGAUGGGACAAUUGA